CACUUGGUAGGUGCAGUUAUGCAGUUGUGUGCGCAGACAUGUGUCUGAGAUAUGAAUAGUGUCUAGCAGUAGCUGCGUAGUAGUAUCUUAAAUGACUGAAUAAAAUAUUUAUUAGUCAUUUGAAUUACAAAAUGGCAGGACAAAAUAACUUGAUAAGUGAAUCGGAUAAUGUUCAUAAUAAUUUAUCUCUUAAUGAUGAUUUUCAUGUACUAAAUAAUUUUGAAAUGGACUUUGUUGGCAGGGAAAAUGACCUUGAAAAGUUACAUAAGGAAUCGGAAGUUUGUAGGAUAAUUGGUAUAUUUGGAAUAAGAUCUGUCGGCAAAUCAAGGCUUGUGAAAGAAUAUUUAAAGAGAUUUAAACCAGACGGAGUCAAAGUUAUACAUAUAGAUAUAAAGUUGAUGCCGGAUGUAGUGUCGUUGUAUUUAAACAUCUGCGCAGCCUUGGAACUAGUCUUUGAUCAAGAGUCGGCUGGUUCUGACCAAUGGAUUUAUGAUAUUGUGCUAUUUCUCAAUUCUGCACCAGGACACGAGUUUUUGUUCUUCUUUGACAAUACAGAGGACUAUCAGGACACUGAAAAUCUAAACAUUUGUUCUUCAUUUUUGAAAUUAUGCACCACAAUGGUAGAGAAAUGUAAAAACGUUCGGAUUUUCAUCACUUCAACUACUCAAGUUCAGUUUUCGAAGCUUGAAAGGGUUUAUUACAGUCAUGAACUGCCUUCUUUGAAUGAAAUAGAAGCAAGGCAGCUACUGAAAAAUGUGACUUCGGAGAUUGACCUAGGAGACUAUGAGAGUGCACUAAUAACGCUAAGUGAAGGAUUGCCACUACUGAUCCUCAUGAUCGGAUCAGAGUUAACAGAAGACGCAGGGAUGAUAACUCCGAAUAAUAUGGUCAAUCUUUUACUCACUGGUAGACUCAAGGCAUUGAGUAGAGAAUUUUACCCAGAGGAAGAUAGAGUCGGAGAUGUCUACAGAAAGUUUCUUGAUCGACUUGACGAAGUGUAUAAGAAUCAUCUCACAGUUUUAGAAUUCAUCCCAGGAACAUUUAGUGCUGAACAGGCACAACAUAUACUUGAUAUAAAUACAGUGGAGAUGACCAUGGAGGAAACUUUACUGCCUGCACGCAGACGUUAUAUACUUCAUUAUGACCUACAUACGAAACGAUUUGGAAUUCAAGGAAUUCUACGCGAAUGUAUAAAGUCAUUCUACAUCAUUAAAAAUUUACCAGAAAUCAGACGAAGAUACAUACAAAUCUUUUCUGUUGUUAUGACAAAUAUCUCCAAGCGUCUGAAUACAUCUGAAUAUACAAACGCUAUGGCUGAAUAUUUUAUUGAACAACCGAACUUACAGAAGCUGAUGAUAGAAGUAGAGAACACUGCUCAGGACAAUUAUAAGUUCUUCAUAGAAAUGGUCACUAACUGUACCGGAAUGAUUGAACACUUUAUGUCAGGAAAUGGUCAAGUAUUUUACGAGCACUGUUUACAGGCUGCGGAAAAGUAUGGCCAGGACGAGGAUAAGGCAUCGGUCAACAUUGCUGUUGGAAGUUUGUACACAAAUACAACGGGUAAUUUACUCGGAGGAGAAGCACACUACAAAGCAGCAUUGGACAUUCUAGAACCUCGUGAUGAAAGAUCUUUACUCCUUGCAACAGCUUAUCAAAGGAUAGGUUGGAACACACUUCUUCAAGGACAAAACACUGAUGCUAUAAGAUAUUUCAAGAAAUCAUUGGCAAUUACUGUGAUAUCGGGGGAAAAGUUCAAACAAACUGCUGUGCAAUCGUUAAGCAGUAUGGGUGUAUCGUUUACGUUUUUAGGGAAAUUCAAAGAAGCAGAAAAGUACCAUUUUCAAUCAUUGAAGCGGCGUCGAAUGUUUCAAGGUGAGAGUCAUCCAGGAAUAGCUGCCUGUUUUAACAACAUUGGCGAAAUGUAUGAUUUAAAAGGUGACACUGAAAAAGCAGUGGAAUACUAUAAAAGAGGACUUGAUAUGAAACUACAAUGCAAUGCUCCUGUUUUGUCGACGGUUCUCUCCAUAUGCAGUACAGCUAAAAUCAUGAUCCCUUUGAGAAAAUUCACAGAAGCUCAUUCACUUCUAGAUGAUGGGUUUGAAAAAUUGAAGAAAGAAAAGCUGCCACCGAAAGAAGCCGAAGCGUGCGUAUGCCACACUAAAGGUUUGGUCUAUAAAGAAGAAGGUCGUUAUAAUGACGCAGAGGAAAUGUUCCGGAAAGCAGUAGAUAUUAGACAGAACAUUGCACCAAACAAUACCCAGUAUAUUGAGAGUUUAUCGCAUUUGGCGGACAUAUAUAAGAUACAAGGCUAUUUACCCAGUAGUUUGAAAUAUUGUGAAAGGGUUUUACAACUUAAGGAACAAGUAAUAGCUUCAACGCCACACACGUUGGUUAUUGCUGAUACUUUCGAUCGAAUGGCUGACAUCUACAAGAAACAAGAUAAUACGCAUAGAUACGUUGAAACCCUAGAGGAAUUACAAUCAGAACUUCUUCGUUUGGAGCGGGUUUUCCUUUGUCAUCAAAAUGAAAGAGAUUUGUAUAAAAUACGGGAUAGAGUAAGAGAUUUAGAUGCCUGUUUUAAAGUGGUUCAUUGUGGUAUAUAUACAAGGGAAUAAGUUUGUUUAAUGCAAAAUAGUUAAAUGCAGGGUGACUCAAUCCAAUAGCUAAAAAUCUGUUUUUAUACUCAUGUGUAAAGUUCCUUUGUGAAAUAAUACAUAAAUAAGGCACUUGAAUUCACCUUCCCGUAUUAAAAUUGAAAAAAUGGCCUUUAUCUCACCAUAGUUUGACUUACAUAUCAAAUGAGCAUUUAUCAUUUUGCUAUCAUGUAUAUACCUACUGCAUUUGAUCAUAGAAAUACAUUAAGGGUUUUAGACCCAAGCAGUUUUCUAUGUGUAUAUUUUUGGCAACUUUCAAAGCAUAAUUUAUACUUUACUACUUAUACUAUAUUCUAAAGUUAAAUUUACCAGCAAUCAUAGAACUAAAGCCUUGACAUUAUUUCCUAACUCAUACUAUAGUCAAUCUAGAAUUUGUCAUCAGAGAAAAAUCAUAUUUAUGAUAGUAUAAAACAAAUCUAAACGUAGACAAAGUAUUUAUAUAACCUUUAAUCAUAGUUAAACUAUUUCUUUGGGUGUUUUCUUUCUGUUUGAAUUUGGUGUCUUUCGGUAGGCACAUAUGUGUCCGGGAUCCUAAACGUUAUGGGUAGUCUCGUCAUUUUGGGCAAGACUUAUAGAAUGUCAUUUGAAACUCGGUAUAUUCUUAUGUUGAGUAAGAUAUUCAUUUUAAUUAAUGAAACAUUUAAAAUCAGUGUCAAUGUAUUGGGAGGUUCUCAUAGAAAUUUUAGGAAUUUAGCUAGAAAGUUUGUUUCAGAAACCCCUAUAGAUUAUUUUAUACUUUGGACGUAUAUACGCUUCAGAAAGAUCCUUUAUUUCAAAAUGACAAAUAAAAAUCCCACUAUUAUUUAGCUCUUUCCUGUAAAUUUUACAGAAAGUCAAACCGUUCUCGGUCGGACUUCGUCCGAAAAAGACAAACAUGUAACGUAUAGAUUUCGUUUAUUGGUCUAAGUUUUCUUUUUUAUAUGCCCGAAAGAAUUUCGGCAUACAUUGUUAUACCCCCUGGCGUCCAUCCGUCCGUCCGUCUGUCUAUCCGUCCGUCCGUCUGUCCGUACAAACCAGAGCUACAUUAUGGGGUUUGGUCUAUUGUUCUCAUAACAAUAGAUGUCUUUGAUGUCAUUCAUUCCGUUUCUCUUGUGGGGUUAUUUUCUGCAUUGUGGGGUUAAAAAGAACAAAAGAAAUAACAAAAGAAAACCCCAUAAUGUAGCUCUGGUAAGAACGACCAUCCCUCCGUUAGCAAUUUGGUUUCCGGAGCAUAACUUCAGUUUUGUUUAGCCCACAAUAUUCAAACUUCAUAGGAUAAUUGUCCAUAUUGUGUAGAAGAACCCUAUCGAUUUUGGGGUCACAAGGUCAAAGGUCAAGGUCACUAUCACCUUAAAACUGAAAACAGUUUCCGGAACAUAACUUAAGUUCUGUUUAGCCCACAGUGUUCAAACUUCAAAGGAUGAUUGUCCAUAUUGGGUAAAAGACCCCUAUUGAUUUUGGGGUCACAAGGUCAAAUGUCAAGGUCAUUAUUACUUCAAAACUAAAAACAGUUUCCGGAGCAUAACUAAAGGUCUAUUUGUCCCACAAUAUUCAAACUUCAAAGGAUGAUUGUCCACAUUGCGUUGAAGACCCCUAUUGAUUUUUGGGGUCACAAGGUCAAAGGUCAAGGUCACUAUUACUUCAAAACUAAAAACAGUUUCCGGAGCAUAACUUGAGGUCUAUUUGUCCCACAAUAUUCAAACUUCAUAGGAUGGUUGUCCACAUUGGGUAGCAGACCCCUAUUGAUUUUGGGGUCACAAGGUCAAAGGUCAAGGUCACUAUUACUUUAAAACUGAAAACAGUUUCCGGAGCAUAGCUUAAGGUCUAUUAGGCACACAAUAUUCAAACUUAAUAGGAUGAUUGUCCAUAUUGGGUAAAAUACCCCUAUUGAUUUAGGGUCACAAGGUCAAAGGUCAAGGUCACUAUUACUUAAAAAACUGAAAACAGUUUCCAGAACAUAACUUAAUUUCUAUUUGGCCCAAAGUGUUCAAACUUCAUAGGAUGAUUUUCCAUAUUGUGUAGAACACCCCGAUUGCUUUUGGAGUCACAAGAUCAAAGUUCAAGGUCGCUAUUACCUCAAAAAUAAAAACAGUUUCCAGAGUAUUACUUAAGUUCCAUUUGGCCCACAAUAUUCAAACUUUAUAGGAGGAUUGCUAUUUGGAGGAGGUAAUACUUUAUUUAGUUUAUGUUAUGUCUUACAAAUGCUUCAUCCUUACUAAAAAAACACACUUUCGGGCAUAUAAUGCUCCGCCUAGCGGUGCCCUUGUUUUACUAAUAUUUCAUCCAGCUUUAGCGUGUUUGUAAAAUUAGUACUAUGCAGUCAUAUUUUUUAAGUUUCUUUGGAAAUUCAAGAUGGCGGGAUCUAGUCUCGCAUAUUUUUUAUUUAAAGAGUGUUGCGCCAUAGUUUUCUUUCCAUGUAAGUUAAAGCACAAUGCUUUUGUUAAUAGCCUUUUUUAAAUGUCAAAUUAGGAAUAGUUAUACGUAUUCCAAAAGAAAAUAAAGAAAACCGCUUUCUAAAGAUUUGCAGACCUAUUACUUUUUUGGAUGUCAUAUAUAAAAUUGCAUUACCUUCUGUUAAGAAAUAGUAAAAAUAGAAAAGAUAUUUAUAUUGAUAAUAAAGAAAAUUAGAUAAAUUAGUUUUCUUCUCAAUUUUAAGAUGAUAAAGAGGACACCUUAAAAAUGUUGAAGAUGGACUCUAUAGAUACUCACUUUUGUCAGGAUUAAGUGUAAACUAUGACAAGUAUGACAAGUAUUCAUCUAGAUAUGUUUAAAUUAUCAUGAGGGUCACCUUUUCUUUCUUACUUCUCGGAAUGCUAAUUGAUUUAAAUCUAGAAAAUAUGUUCAAGAUUAAAUUUGAUCAUCAAGUAUCAAAAAUGAAAUAAUAUCACAAAUCUUGCUAAAAGAAGGAAUUUGACUUUUUUAAUUGUUAAAUCAGCUGUACUGCUCGUAAAACCUCAGUUGAAACAUUACCAAAUUCAUCAGAUGAAUAUAUUAAGAAAAAAGAUGAUACGCUAUUAGAAUUUAUAUGGAAUAGAAAAAAAACAAAUCUGUUUAAAUAAAAAAAACAUGAUUCAGGUGGAAUUAAAACGAUAUAUAUCAUAAGUUAUAUGAAAAGCUUAAAGACAAAAUGGUUUGGAAAUUGUAUAACAUGUUGGUGAAGUUAAUAUCACAAACUUGAGUCAAAUCAUUUGAUGUUUACAAACUAAUAAUAUUUUGUAAAUGUUAUUAUGAGAAGAUUGGUCAAAUAAAAAUAGAUUCAAGAAAGAUGUCAUUAUAUCAUGCCUAUGCAUUAAAUUGCAUUGAAUAAAGAUACAUCUAUAACAGUUUUUACAUAAGUACGUAUUUUUGAGAUUGUAUAAAAUAGAUCGUGCAUUUACAAAUGUACUGUAUGUGAAAGGAAUAAAUGAAAUGAAUUAUAAAGCAUGCGCCCGGAGCAAACUCAUUUGCCUCGGUCAAAAACAGGUCUGACUUUGCUUUUGUAGCCUAUAUGUGCAGUUUAAAGGUUAAUAUUAACAAUUAAUAAAACCAUAAGGUAAACUCAUUUAAUUACGAAUUGAUAAACUAACUAACUUCUACUGAGGUCAAAGUGACAAUAA